GGUGGCUCGGGGAGCCCCUCUGGGUCACCGCCGCCGACCAGGGGGUCCGGGCCUCCACCUUCUUCUGGCCGGGCUCGGAGGUGAAGAAGGGCUCCUGGGACUGCCCCGACAAGUAUUGCCGCCACUAUAAUGGCUCUGUGCCAUUUGAGGACAGGGUUGACGCCGUCCUUGGUUACUUUGAUCUCCCGGCUGAUGAAAUGCCGCAGUUUCUGACACUGUACUUUGAGGAUCCAGAUCACCAGGGCCACCAGGUCGGUCCUGAUGACCCAGCCAUCACUGAUGCUGUGACGCAUAUUGACGAGAUGAUCGGGAGGCUCAUUGCUGGUUUGGAAGCUAGGGGGGUGUUCGAGGAUGUGAACAUUAUAUUGGUUGGGGAUCAUGGGAUGGUUGGGACCUGCGACCAGAAGCUACUGUUUCUCGAGGAAUUGGCUCCAUGGAUUGAGGUGAAGGCUGAUUGGGUUCUGUCGAGGACACCAUUGCUGGCAAUCAGGCCGCCAGAUGGUGUAUCCCCGGCAGAGGUCGUGGCCAAGAUGAAUGAAGGGCUGAGCUCUGGGAAGGUGAAGAAUGGGCAGUAUCUGAAGAUGUACUUGAAGGAGGAUUUGCCUUCUCGCCUGCAUUACUCGGAAAGCUAUAGGAUACCACCAAUUAUUGGGCUGGUAGCUGAAGGUUAUAAGGUGGAGAUGAAAGUAUCAAAGAAAAAUGAGUGUGGAGGGGCGCAUGGGUAUGACAAUGCCUUCUUCUCAAUGAGGACCAUAUUCAUCGCACACGGGCCUCGUUUCGAAGAGGGUAAAAUUGUGCCCUCCUUUCUGAAUGUGGAGAUAUACAAUGUCAUUGCUUCCAUUCUCAGUUUGAAGCCAGCUCCAAACAAUGGCUCCAGUUCUUUCCCUGGAACAGUUCUUUUGCCGAGUGAAUGAUCACCGGUUUAUGUGAGGGCUGUGGUUCUGGAGGAGGAAAAUCCACUGAUGGUAUUAUCUUCCGGUUGUAGUUGUAUUUGUACACUAUUUAAAUUCAAAUUCUGCGACGUGCAGCUAUUCGCUACUGCUAAUACUGCAAGCAGAGAAUCCUUUUCCUUAAGGAUGUCAUUUGCCAAUGCAAAUCACAUCUAACCUUUUCAUCUUCUGUGAUGCUAAAUGUAUGAUGCCACUUCUUUUAAGUCCCAUGUUUUCUGCUUGAGUUGAUAA